UCUUUCUCUCAGCCAAACCUUCCCCUUUGAACUAAUAGACGCCGCUCACAGAGCCAGGACUGGGAACGACGGGAGGGGAUAUGCAGAUCAGCUAGCCGCUGAUAGGCGACUCUCGGGCUCUCCUCCACCUUCGCUCGACCUCCCGCCUCUCUAUAAAGAGCAGAAUCGCCGAGAAGCAAGGACAGUGCCAAAGGGGUCAGCUUUGGCUUGGGAGGGCGAGGCCGAAGCCUGAAGAGGGUGGUGGGCGCGUUGUUGGGCCCCCUUUAUUAGCGGAUCGGCUCCCUUGCAACCACCUGCGCAUAAGGCCAUCGCUUUCCAACUUCAGCUACAGUGAUAGCUAAGUUUGGAAAGACCAAUCCGGGGGGAACCCGUUGCGUCCGCUGUUCCUUUUCGCUUCUCCUGGUCCCCAUAGCUGUUGUCCUUGUGUUGCGUGUUGGUGCGCGUGUCUCUCCCUCCCUCCUUCCCCACGCUUUCUCUGCCUGGAGGGGCUUGAUAGCAACAGCGCCUGAGAGAAAAGACCCAGGAAAGACCUAAAGGUGUGAAGCUGAUAACCAUGACCCGACCGGUGGCAGAACAACAAAACAACCAAGGAUGCUGCGGAUCCUGUGCCAGUUAUUUCACAUCUGCAAAAUUCCUACUCUACCUCGGACAUGCUCUGUCCACUUGGGGAGAUCGUAUGUGGCAUUUUGCAGUGUCUGUCUUCCUGGUUGAACUGUAUGGAAAUAGUUUGCUCUUGACUGCUGUUUAUGGAUUGGUUGUGGCAGGGUCUGUUCUUCUUCUGGGAGCUAUUAUUGGAGACUGGGUAGACAAGAACUCAAGGCUCAAAGUGGCUCAGACAUCCUUAAUUGUCCAGAAUGCAUCGGUCAUCUUGUGUGGCAUCCUUCUGAUGAUUGUUUUUCUGUUUAAGACUCAGCUUUUGGCUUUAUAUCAAGGGUGGCUUCUUACACUUUGCUAUAUUCUAGUUAUCACAGUAGCGAACAUCGCGAAUUUGGCCAGCACUGCUACCGCAAUUACCAUACAAAGAGACUGGGUUGUUGUCGUUGCAGGAGAAAACAGAAACAAAUUAGCAGAUAUGAAUGCUACAAUACGAAGAAUUGACCAGCUGACCAAUAUUUUGGCCCCGAUGGCUGUUGGACAAAUAAUGACCUUUGGAUCACCAGUGAUUGGCUGUGGAUUCAUUUCUGGCUGGAACUUGAUUUCCGUAUGUGUAGAAUAUACACUGCUCUGGAAAGUUUACCAGAAAACUCCUGCUUUGGCUCAUAAAGCCAGCUCAAAGGUUGAAGAGUCAGAACUAAAACAGCUGAACAUACAGAAAGAUGGUGAAUUGAAGCCCAACGAAGGAGUCCAGUUAAUUGGCGAGAAAGAUGUAGCUGUCUUUGAUCCCAAACAGGAGGAAGAAGUUAGUUGUGUUUCUCGGAUGGCUGAGCCUUUCACUACAUUCCGUGAUGGAUGGGUUGCUUACUACAACCAACCGGUGUUUCUUGCAGGCAUGGGCCUUGCAUUCCUUUACAUGACUGUUCUGGGCUUUGACUGCAUUACUACUGGCUAUGCAUACACUCAGGGACUGAGUGGUUCCACACUAAGCCUCUUAAUGGGGGCCUCUGCCAUAAGUGGAAUCAUGGGUACAGUAGCCUUUACCUGGCUGCGUCGCAAGUGCGGGCUGGUUCGCACUGGUAUCAUCUCUGGGGUAGCCCAGCUAGCCUCUCUGGUCUUGUGUGUGAUUUCAGUUUUUUUGCCUGGAAGUCCUUUGGAUCUGACUGUUUCCCCAUUUGCUGACAUCAGUGCUAGAUUGUUUGAAAGUAAUCCAUUGCCUACAAUGGCACCACAAGGUGAUCUCCUUGAAAUGCCCUUUACAACUGGAAUGCCUGCCUUGGUCAACGUGUCUACAUCUGAUCCAGAGUUGGCUCUCAACUCUGUGCCUCUCAUCUCUGUUAGCUUUCUGUUUGCAGGAGUCAUUGCUGCAAGAGUUGGCCUGUGGUGUUUUGACCUGACUGUCACACAGUUGCUCCAAGAAAAUGUGAUAGAGUCAGAAAGAGGUAUCAUAAAUGGUGUCCAAAACUCCAUGAAUUACCUUUUGGAUCUGUUGCAUUUCAUCAUGGUCAUCCUAGCUCCGAACCCUGAAGCUUUUGGAUUGCUGGUGCUUAUUUCUGUUUCCUUUGUCGCAAUGGGCCACAUCAUGUACUUCCGGUUUGCCCAUAGAACCUUGGGAAGAAAUACCUUUCUCUGCUGUGCUUCCGAGCCAAAAUCAGUUGCUAACAACCCACCAGCAUGUGAUGUGUCAACUGUCUAGAGAGAUUCACUUACUGCUGCCAACUCCCAUUUUUUCCAGCCCAUGUAAAUUUACAUGCUUUAUUAUAGGUCAGGAGUAGUUGAUGCCCCUUAAUAGUGGUGGUGUUCAGUGCUUUGCCUCAACUGGUCCUGCCUCCCAAAUCCUUCUGCCUUUGGACAGGUGACCAGUUGUGGCUUUUCUUCAGACAGAAGUGACAUAACUUACUGAUUUAAGGGGAGAUCUCAUGUAGAGUUGAAAAAACUAAAAAUAUAAAGACAAAUUGAGUUAGAAAGAAAUUAUUCAGAUUAUCCAAGAAUUCAUGCUGAUAUGAAAUAGGGAAAUAAGCUAAUUUUUAAAUAAGUAUUGCAUUAUGUGUAAUAUGACCAGUGUUCCCCACCUCCCCAUGUAAUAUAGAUGUACUAUAUUUUGUCUCUUAAAAGAAAUUAAUUGCUGAGAAACAUGACCAAAAUGUUACACACAUGAACAAAAAAGGUUAUGUGCUUUAUUAAUUGCUAGAGCUCUGAUAUAUGCCUGGCAAAAAUCCAAACCUCUCUGUGGUGGUUGUCCUGGCUUAACUUUGGAGAAACACCUUUAUUGCUUUAUAUAGUAUGCUCUUUGGAUAAGAAGUCGUGAACAAUAUUGUAGAAUACAUAAGCAGCACUUCGUAGGAACUGAGAAUAGCAGGUGUGAAUAAAGUUAUAAAUAUAAUGUAGCACUGUAAAGCAUAGGGCUUACAUCAUAUUUACUAAGCUUUGGAUUCCAUAGUGUUAAGGGGCAGAUACCUGAAUUGGGGAAACCAGGCUCUGUGUGUGUUUGAGAAAAAGAGUGAGAGCGCACUACAAAUGUUCAAAAUAUGUACAGAUACUUAAGCUGAAAAUCUCAACCACUUUAGGUUAAUCUACUGAUGUCAGAAAGACUACUCUCAACUAAAAUAUUUAAGAGUGGUAACUAAGGAGUAAUUCAUCAGGUACUUCUCUGUAGAAAGCCCCUCUGAAAUAAAUGGGAAUUGUUGAAGACCAAAUUGUUUUGUGGGGUUUGUAUAGGAGGCAUUCUGAGUAGAGAGAGUGUGUGAAUGCUUGUGGUUUUUAAGUAAUGACAAUACUUAAUAAUUUUGAGAAAUCAGACAUAUUGAACGUAACACAUUAGCAAAUGAUUAAUAAUCCAUGCUGUAUGAAAUGUAAAGAACAUGUCCUUGAUCACAGAUCCUUAUGUACACAAGCAGCUUGCACCAUGCUGCUGUGCAUGAAGAUCCUUCCUAUCUAACUGGUGGUUGGUAAUGCUAGUAUUGCAGUGCGGUAGCAUUGCAUGAACAUCUUUAUGUGCUAAAUGCCAUUUUGCGUUCUGGACCUUUCAGCCAGCAUGAGUUGCACUCAGAAGGGUGAGCUAUCUGCAGAAGCCUGUUCAGUCUUGAGGGAUUGUGGCACAUAUGGACAACUUUAAAUGUUUUAUACAGUUGAUGUUUUUAUGCACUCAACUUCUUUUUUUACAAAAGAAUAUUUUACAUCUUACUAUAAAAUUGUAAGUUUUUUUUAAAAAAAAGUUUUUGUAAAAAAGCUUGUUGCUGUACAAUCUUGUAAAAGCAGCUUUGACGAUCAGUAGUGACUGACAAUGCCAUAUUUGUAAACUGCUUUCUGAGUCCUUUUUACAGUGUACAGGAAUGGGUACUACAAUGCUUUUUACAUUAACCCAUAUGCACUUUUGUGGAAAUUGUAUUAACGUUGCUAUGAGCACUUUGCUUUCCAGUAGAGUUGAAUCUUCUUUACUCCAGAGUUUUUCUAAGAUAUAACAAUGUGAUUUUAAAUCUGUUGAUAAAUACUUGUUUGCAUAAAAUAUAAACCAUUUUUCACACUU